AUGUCCUUCUCCAGGAUGGCAGAGGCGGAGUUGCACAAGGAAAGGCUGCAAGCCAUAGCAGAAAAAAGAAAGAGGCAGACUGAAAUAGAAGCCAAGCGACAACAGCUUGACGAGCAGAUACUUCUUCUGCAGCAUUCCAAGUCCAAAGUGCUUCGGGAAAAAUGGCUGCUGCAGGGUAUGCCCGCGGGAACUGCUGAAGAGGAGGAAGCCAGGAGGCGGCAGUCUGAGGAGGAUGAGUUCAGAGUCAAGCAACUUGAAGAUAACAUUCAGAGGCUGGAACAGGAAAUACAAGCACUAGAAAGUGAAGAGUCCCAGAUAUCUGCCAAAGAGCAAAUCAUCCUAGAGAAACUAAAGGAGACAGAAAAAUCCUUCAAGGACUUUCAGAAGAGCUUCUCCGAUACGGAUGGAGAUGCCGUAAAUUACAUUUCCUCCCAGCUCCCCGACCUGCCAAUCCUCUAUUCGAGAACAGCAGAACCACCAUCACCUGGGCAGGACAGGACCAGCAGAGUGGCUGCUGUGUACGCCAUGGAAAUUAAUGUGGAGAAAGACAAACAAACAGGGGAGACCAAGAUUCUCUCUGCAUCCACCAUUGACCCAGAGGGGGUCCAUCAGAGAGGAGUCAAAGUCUAUGAUGACGGUACCAAAGUAGUCUAUGAGGUGCACUCAGGAGGCACCGUAGUAGAAAACGGAGUGCACAAAUUAAGCACAAAGGAUGUAGAAGAGUUUAUUCAGAAGGCUGGACAAUCAAGCUUAAGAGGAGGACACAUGUCUGAAAGGACUGUGAUCACAGAUGGGAGCCUCAGCUACCCGAAGGAACACAUGCUCUGCAAAGAAGCCAAGUUAGAAAUGGUACAUAAAUCUAGGAAAGAUCGUUCUUCUGGGAACCCAGGGCAGGAGCCCCGAGCCCCCAGUGGAGAAGGGCCAGAGGCAAACUCGGAUCAGCCAGUCACCAUGAUCUUUAUGGGGUACCAAAAUAUUGAGGAUGAAGAGGAGACCAAAAAGGUGCUAGGCUAUGAUGAAACCAUCAAGGCUGAAUUGAUCCUCAUUGACGAAGACGAUGAGAAGUCAUUGAGGGAGAAGACAGUGACGGACGUGUCCACUAUUGAUGGGAACGCAGCUGAGCUUGUGUCUGGGAGGCCAGUGUCAGACACCACAGAGCCCUCAUCCCCAGAAGGGAAGGAAGAGAGCCUGGCCACAGAGCCAGCCCCAGGAGUCGAGCGGGAGAGUGUGCUGCUAAAGGGAGAUGAGACGGCCUUGGAUGCCACAGAAACAUCCAGCCCAGACAUGGCUAUCAAGAAGUCUCCCCAGCUUUCUGAGGAUGAUAUCCAGCUAAAAAACGAAGGAGACAACCGUCGUGCCAAGCUCCUGGAGCCUGCUACCAGCUCUCUUUCCCCAGAUCCUCAAACAAUGGAAAUUGAGGUCUCAGUUGCAGAAUGUAAAAGUGUUCCAGGAAUCACCUCGACCCCACACUCCAUGGACCACCCCUCCCUUUUCUAUUCACCCCCACGCAAUGGCGUCCUCACUGAUCACCACGAAUCCCUAGAUAAUGAUGUGGCCAGAGAGAUCCGAUAUCUAGACGAAGUGCUGGAGGCCAACUGCUGCGAUUCUGCUGUGGACGGAACGUAUAACGGCACAUCCUCCCCGGAGCCUGGCGCCACCAUCCUGGUGGGCACUCUGAGCCCACCUGCCCACACAGCUAACCAGCCAGAAGCCACUGAGAGAACAGCUGGCAGGCAGGUGCCUCCUCACAUUGAGCUCCGUAAAAGCAGCUCCUACACCAUGGCAGAGAGUGAAAGAACAAAUGGCCACGCUCCUGACCAGCCCCGAGAUACACUGGGAGACGGCCUGCAGGUACCUGUGAGCCCCAGCUCCUCCACCAGCUCCCGGUGUUCUUCCCGAGAUGGGGAGUUCACGCUCACCACGCUGAAGAAGGAGGCCAAGUUUGAGCUGCGGGCCUUCCAUGAAGACAAGAAGCCCUCCAAGCUCUUUGAGGAUGACGAGAGAGAGAAAGAGCAAUACUGCGUCAGGAAAGUGAGGCCUUCAGAAGAGAUGCUAGAGCUGGAAAAGGAAAGGAGGGAACUCAUCCGGAGCCAGGCUGUGAAAAAGAAUCCUGGCAUUGCAGCCAAAUGGUGGAAUCCCCCCCAGGAAAAAACCAUCGAGGAGCAGCUUGAUGAGGAGCACCUGGAGUCGCACAAAAGGUACAAGGAGCGCAAGGAGAGAAGGGCACAGCAGGAACAACUGCUGCUGCAACAGCAGCAGCAGCCGCCGCCGCCGCCCCCACUACAGCUCUGCACAGCCCCAGCCUCCUCUCGUGAACAUUCAAGCAUGACUGAAAAUGCAAAGGAAGACAUUGUCACAGAGCAGAUAGAUUUCUCUGCUGCUCGUAAACAGUUUCAGCUGAUGGAGAAUUCCAGGCAAACAGUGGCCAAGGGCCAGAGUACACCCAGGCUGUUCUCUGUCAAGCCCUUCUACAGGCCUUUGGGGUCAAUCAACUCAGACAAACCAGUGACAAUCUCGAGACCGGCCUCUGUCAGAGGACCUCCAGAAGACAGUGCUGCAUCGACAGCCAAGGGGCAGAAAGCCUCCUGUUCCCUCGAGAGCCAGUCCAUGGGAGGAGGCCAGAGUGGUGCAGCUCCUCAGGGAAGGGAAGGGCCUUACAGUGAGCCCUCUAAACGUGGGCCCUUAUCUAAACUGUGGGCAGAGGACAGAGAGUUUACAAGUGUCCGGGCAGUCCUCACUGUGGUCAAGGAUGAUGACCAUGGGAUUUUGGAUCAGUUCUCAAAAUCUGUCAAUGUCUCUUUGACCCCAGAGGAGCUUGACUCUGGUUUGGAUGAACUGUCAGUGAGGUCCCAGGAUACCACCGUCCUGGAGACCCUGUCUAAUGAUUUCAGCAUGGACAACAUCAGUGACAGUGGGGCCUCCAAUGAGACAACCAAUGCUCUCCAGGAAAACUCACUGGCUGAUUUUUCUCUGCCCCAGACUCCGCAAACUGACAACCCCUCAGAGGGCCGGGGAGAAGGUGUCUCCAAGUCAUUUAGUGAUCAUGGUUUCUAUUCCCCUUCGUCCACACUGGGAGACUCUCCGUCAGUUGAUGACCCCUUGGAAUAUCAGGCUGGUCUCCUGGUGCAGAAUGCCAUUCAGCAAGCCAUUGCUGAGCAAGUAGAUAAAGCUGUGUAUAAAACCAACAAGGAUAGAGCACAACAGCAGGGACCUGAAGCAACUCUAGAGGAAGCUGAAACUGGGCCUCCUAGCUCAGAGAAGCCUCAGAACAUGUUUGAGCCACCUCAGGUAUCUUCUCCUGUUCAAGAGAAAAGAGAUGUAUUACCAAAGAUUCUGCCUGCUGAAGACAGAGCGCUCAGGGAAAGGGCGCCCUCCCAGGCACUGCCUGCCGUGCAACCCAGUGGCCCAGUAAACAUGGAGGAGACCAGGCCUGAAGGGAGCUACUUCAGCAAAUACUCAGAGGCAGCUGAGCUGAGAAGCACAGCCUCCCUCCUGGCCACUCAAGAAUCAGAUGUGAUGGUUGGGCCCUUCAAGCUGAGGUCAAGGAAGCAGCGGACUUUGUCCAUGAUCGAAGAAGAGAUCCGAGCAGCCCAGGAAAGGGAAGAGGAGCUGAAGAGGCAGAGACAAGUUUUGCAGAGCACGCAGAGCCCCAGGGCAAAGAAGGCUGCAUCCCUGCCCUCCAGAACAAUGUGCUACAAAACUGCCCCAGGGAAAAUAGAGAAAGUCAAACCUCCUCCAUCCCCCACAACCGAAGGCCCCAGCUUGCAGCCUGACUUAGGCCCCGAAGAGGCUGCCGGACCCCAGCGGCCCAAGAAUCUGAUGCAGACCCUCAUGGAAGACUAUGAGACACAUAAAUCUAAAAGGCGCGAGAGAAUGGAUGAUAGUAGUGUCCUUGAGGCCACACGGGUAAAUCGAAGAAAGAGCGCGCUGGCCUUGCGCUGGGAGGCAGGAAUCUAUGCCAACCAGGAGGAAGAGGACAAUGAAUAAACUUCUUUCAACCCAGGAAGCUUCUUUGGUGCUUGGGAUGCCAAGAAACCAAGAAAUUAAUCAAUCAAAGCAUUUUAAUGGAGUAUUUAUUAAAGUACAACCAAACUCAGCAAUCCUUAUGUAGACCAGAAGCUGCAAUAGACAAUGAUGAAAAAUGAAGAAAGUGAAAAGGAAGUCCACCCAUCAAACUCUGACACCCAGGAGUCAAGAGAAAGGAUUUUUUUUUUUUUUUUUUUCUUUCGUGACUCAAAGAAUUGUCUGGAUUUGGACCAAUCCACAAUUGAUUAAAAAAGACAAAGAAGUUACAAGCAAAUCCACAUGUUUACUUCAGGUAGAGCUGAGACCAGCCUCACUGGGUGAUGAGGAGGAACAAGUGGUGGCAUAGGGCAUUAGGGAGCCAUAGGACCCAGGCUGGGGCAGUCUGCCUGGUGUGUCUGCUCCCACCCACCACUUGUAGCACCAGGGGUGCUGGGUUAAUCCAGCAGCCAUAAAAUGAACGAUGUUUCUUUCCAUAUUUGCUCAGAAGAGGCAGUUAUGAUUCCAUUUCUCUUACAUUUAAUUGUUUUUAAUUAGGAGCAAUUAAUGAUUGCAAUACAUACAAUCCUGAUUUUUAAGACAAUAUUUCUUCACGUUGUAAACACAAUCUAUGUUGGGAGGUAGAAAAAGGGGGGAGAAAGCCAAACCAAAUGGAUUAUUUUAGCUUUAGAAUCCUGUCUGUUUAUAAUAUUGACUGACCUGCCGCUAAUGAGAACACAUUUUCGUACUUACGUUUCUUCAUACAAAAACUGUAUUUAGUAGGUAACAACUAUUUUUAUGAUGGGAUGGGGGAAUAUAUACAUGUAUAAAAUCUGCACACAUUGAACAGCUGGGUUCAAGACGGUAGGGGUAUUUUUAGAGUGGCAAUAAUUCAAAAAAAAAAAAAAAAGGGUGAACUCUGCCUUAGAGGGAUAGACGACAAGAAAUACAAAGGUGUUUAUAACUAUAUUUGAUAUAAUAAAGUGGGCCUUAGAGAUGAUAGUAGGAAGAAUGAUGGGUGACUUUAGAGCAAUCAAGAAGGAAAAUUUAAAGAAAGGUCAUGAAGGUAGAGAGAGGAGACGGGAGGGAGAAAGAGUGGGAAAAUAAGGAAGCAAGAAAGAUUAUUUUUGCUGAGCAAGCAGUGUUUUUCAGGAUGAUAGAGAAAAAUAUAGAAUAGAAAUUUAAGUGCAAGCUUGGAAUCAGCUACAAAUCCUAAAGAUGGUGUGUGUGUGUGUGUGUGUGUGUACAUGCACAUGUGUGUGAACCUUUGUAUGUGUCAAGUGUGUAUGUUCAUGAGUGAGAGUAUGUGUGAGUUAAAAUUCCAGAAUGAUCGUGGAACAUGGGUAUACAGUUAUUUCCUUCAAAGCUGUUUGCCAGCUUGAGGAGUGAGUGAGAAUUUCUUUUUUAUGAAAAGGAGUAUAAAGGCACCGAGUUGAUGCAGUGUUUCUAGUAUUGAAUUGAAUUUGCAUGAGUCACAAUUGCAAAAUUUUGAGCAGUUUUGUAACUUGACACUUAAAUAUCAUAUUUAUUCUCAUGCUUUGCAGUCAUGCUUAUUAUACUAUGGGGGAUGCCAGCUUUACUCUUUCUCUCAUUUAAAGCAAUACAAUAAGGGCAUUCAAUAAUUGGGUGCCCUAAAUUUCUGGAUGAGAAAAAUUUUCAGUUCUGGCCAUGAGAAAAAACUCACCAGCCCCCCUGUUCCCCCUUUUUUAAAUUCCCUCCUUUGCUUUAAAACUGUGGUUUUUACAGAAGCAAUAAUUAAGUCAGACCUCACUAAAGUUCAUUUUUGUUUUCAUACUGUUUUGUCACAAGCUCUAAUAUGUUAUUCUGACAGGUAGCAUUUCCACAAAAUUUGUACGUAGUGUUAUGCACAUUAUUUUUGCUUCUUUUAUUAGACUCGAGUUGACUUUGGGGGAAGUUUAUUCACAGGCAAAUGAUGGGCACAUGGUAAGAAUGGAAUAGUCUAAUACCUGACAAGAAUCCUUUCAAACUGCCAAGGGAAUCUGUAGUUUGAAGACAUUCUACAAACGGUAACCAAGAACAGCAUGUGGGCAGUUGGCAUCAUCGUAUGUGGCUCACUCUUCUGAAUGGUAUUCAACAAAAUGUGCUCAGCGUAGAAAACACAAAACAAAUAAGAUUCCCACUAGAAGGAAUGGAUUUUCCGGUAGAGAGGCUGGCAUGGGGACACCUAAUUCCAGGAAAACGAGAUCUGUGUUAGAUGAGAAGUCCUGGAAAGUGGAGUGGGAGCAUUCAGGUGGGAGGAUCGUCUUUGCCUGAUGAUCUCCAGCCAGUAGUCCCAGAAGCCUGGGCUGAGGACUCAACAACAAGGGAGUGUUCCCAAGGCAGGCACGUGGGUGAGGCAGCAGCAUCGGUGCCCCAGGGCACAGCCAGCAGUUAGCAUGGCUGGAGAGCAGGAUAGUUCUAUGGGUUACACAAAGAAUAACAAGUGCUUCAUGUUUUCUGGACUCCAGGAUCUGGUAGAGACCAUAGAGAUGAUGUGGGCUAAUUUCCUCAUUUUUCACAAGAGGAAACAGUGCUCAUGACUUACCUUAAGUGUUUUUGUUUUUGGUUUUUUUGCCAGAAACUAUGUACUCACGUUAAACCUACAUUGAAGAGAAUUUGCAGCCAAAAGGGAAGUUUAGGAGGCCACACAAUUAAUUGAAUAGCUUUAGAGGCAGACAAACUGGUCUUUGACUUUGAUUGAACCAGAAGCACUUAAGGAAUAGUUUAGAAUUUUAGGGGUGGGUCUUUUGGUCCACUGUCCGUGCAUAGAUAAGGAAACUUCAGAGAACUGUUUACCUGUGGCCCCUACAUCUCUGACUUGAGCUCCUUCUCCUGUGUUGCCUUCCAGAUGACUGCUGUGGAUUUCCUUGCCCCGCUCGCUAAUAAUCCUAUUAUAAUCCUAUCAAAACGUAUUUUUUAGGAAGAGCCAGAUUUUCUCUGUGCUCUUGAGUUUUUUACUCCUUCAAGAAACAUUCGGCCACCACUUUGUACAUAGCACCGUGCUAGGCUCUGGGAUCCCAGACAAACCCUUUUAACUUCCUGAUGAUGGAACAGAGCCUAGAGGAAAGUCAUUCCUACCUAAUCUAUCGAGGGACAGAGGCUUGGGAAAAACUUCACCUCUGAUGCUCAUCCCUACCCCCAAUAGCACGCAAGCUUUUUAAUCUCAACUAUAACGAAUGUUUAGAUUCCGUAGAUGUUAAAAGCUUUCCUGAAAGUAUUCCAUUCUGCAGUGUUUAUAGAUGUCACUUUCCUCCGGAGCUGAUGAACUACUGACAUGCCUUGGCUUUCUCAUCCAGAAAUUAUGGAAUCAGGGCCUGUCAGUGGCAGGAGGCUGGGCUGUGUUCUACUUGGAUGAUGCAAUGCAGUUUCCCUGCCUCUCUAUCCUCCUGCAUGCUGCCCGCCCCAGGCAACAAUAUAUAACCAGUAUAUAGGUCAGUGUCCACAUAUAUAUACACACACACACAAAUAUACAUAUAAAGCAUAACAAAGAACACUAAAGCAGUGUUGACUCUUGUCUCUGAAGACAAAUAAAUUUUUUUCCAACUAAAGAAUGGAUUUAAUUAAACUCUGUAUUGGGGGAAAAAAUAGCCUAAAUGUUAGAGAUGGUGAAUCUAUCCAGUUUUAGUUACCGAAUCAAUCUCCUGAAUUCUAAGCAUUCAGUGAGCUGCCAAUUUUGGUUUUGUGUUGCUCUUUACCCAAAUGAUAUAUAUAUAUUUUUUUUUUUUUUUUUGGAGGAGGGAAAAAAGCAGCAAUACUGUGUGUGAAAAUUAUACUCUGUAUCUGGCUUUCCUGUGUAUGUUAACCACUUAAAUGUUAUCCUGCUUUGGUUUUAUAGUGAUUGUGAGGCAUUCAAUGCAAGUAUACAAUUAUUUUCUCAUUAAAACCCAAUGUGUGUUGUGUCUUUGUAAGUGAUGGCUACCUGUCUGGGUGUGGAGGGAGGCGCGCCCACACAUUUGGAACAAAAGAACUAAUACUAGCUGACAGAGCACCACUGUAACGGGCUCUCCCCAAAGCCCCGUAUGCAAUGUCAUCUCCAUCUGCCUGGGCUAGACCCCAGAAGCCUUCCACAGGACCCACAGAAAUGAAACAUGUAACUUUUGAUGACAAGGUAGGCUCAAAAGCCAAAGUGAUGGUCGGGCAGAACAGCAGGGUAAGCUGUUAACUGAACCCUAUGUGUGGCUCUUUAGCUCUAAAUUCCAGCAUCUCUGUUGGGCUCUUCUGUGAAGAGGAAGCCAUUUCAGACUUCAAGGUGUGUACUGAGACCACAGAUUAAUCAGGAAGCUUCCUCCCCAAAUUUUCUCCUGCUUUUCCCUUUCACUCUCUUGUCCUCCCUUCCACUUCCUCGUUCCCCCUUCACAGUCCAGCUGCCUUGAUCCCAUAUCUUCAACUGCUUGCCCUUAAUCUGGAAUCCCUGGGUGGUGCAGGAGUAUAAACACACUCGGCUGCUAAUCAAAGGCUGGAGGUUCAAGUCAAGCCAGACAUGCCUCAGAAGAAAGGCCUGGUGAUCUACUUCCCGAAAACCAUCCAUUGAAAACCCUACGGAGCACAGUUCUCCUCUGACACCAUGGGGUCACCGUGAGUUGGGGCCUUCAAGAGCAACUGCUUGCACUUGGUCUGCACUUCUUUCCUGGUGCCUCUUUCUCUCUCCCCACUUACGUGACUUCUCCGUUCUUUUCUCUCAGGAUCGCCAACCAUAUGUGUUCCUGCUCUGAGCAUCUGCCCCUCUCUCUGCAGCACACCCUAUCAUGGGUGGCACCUUCCAACAAGUUUUUUGACUCAUGGGCCCCACUGAAAACCUGAUGGACCUUUAGUAAUAGUAACACUUAUGAAGCAUUAGCAACGUGCAAUAGGGUCGCUGUGAGUCGGAAUCGACUCGAUGGCACUGGGUUAGCAACGUGCAAGGCACUUGGAAAAUGCUUUUCAUGAACAUGAUUUAUUUCUUACACAACCCCCCCCCCCCCAUUUUACAUAUGAGGAAGCAGGCUCUGGAACAUCAAAUCACUUGCUGCAUAUCACACAGCUCGGAAAUGGCAGCUGUGGAUUUCAACCUGGGCACUCUGACUCAAGAGGUCUUGCUCUUACCCACUCUUCCCACAGAAAGGCACAGUCACAGUUUCACCUAUAAGUUCCGACAGACCUGUUAAUGUGCGUGAGGACCAGGUGAGCUUCCAACACCUCCCCAUGGUGUACUUCCCAGCAGGAGUGCUCCAGUAGAUCAAGGCCAAGGCUGAUAGCCCAGGUCUAGAGAGGGAGUGGGGUUUUGGGUGGUAGCUGCAAAGAAGUUUCUCCCUUUCAAUGAACUCCCUUUGGGUUCUUCGGGAUCAUCUCUCCCAGGAGAUGGUGAAGGAAGAUGGCCCAGAUGGACUUCUUGCCAAAAAGGAACCAGAAGUGACUGCAAAUGGGGUGAUGAAAAAUGUGCCAGAAUUAAAUUGUGGUGACAGUUGCACAACUCUGUAAAGUUACUAAAAAUCACUGGAUUGUACAAUUGAAACAGGUAAGUUUUAUAGUAUAAAUAAAGCCGUACCAAAAAAAAAAAAAAAAACCA